AUGCUCUUUGCUCGUGCUUGUGUCUUCGUUCUCUCAGCCUGUGCCGGCGUGACUCUGGCAGCGCCAGCUCCGGAGCCUGAAGCUCUGUCUGAGCUCAAGGCUCGUGAUAUGCAAGGUAGAGGAACCGUAUAUCAGCAAUUGGGCGCGUUCGGUUCUUGCGGCCAGAAACACGGGGACGGUGAUAUGAUUGUCGCCAUCAGCAACUCUUUCAUGAAGAGCCGGCACAACUCCCCCUAUUGCAGGAAAAGUAUCAGAGCUAGAAACAAGUCGAAUGGUAAAACCGUCGUCGUUAGAGUUGCAGAUACCUGUAUGGGCUGUGGGCCGAAUGAUCUUGAUUUCUCGGUUGGCGCAUGGAACCGUCUUACUGGCAAUGCUCCCUGGGGAACAUUCCCCGUCUCUUGGAAUUGGGCGUAA